AUGUGGCCACCGUGGCUUAAUUCACCGAACCGGUUCCGCAACGCUCCAUCACCGUCACCCUCGUCAUCGCCGUUGCAUUCUCGAACUCGCAACUUAAGCUUCUCCUGUUCAUCUUUCAAAGACAUUCAGAGCCUCCUCCAAGAAAAGCCUGAAUCCGGCCCCGCCGCUCCCAAAUCUCCGUCGCUCUUCCGCCGCGUCCGGAUCUCCACCGCCGUCCUCCGCGCCUGGGGAGCCUCGCGCGCCACCGUCCCGGCCGCCCUCCCGCCUGGCCUCGACCAAGGCGUCGUUGUCUACUUCACCAGCCUCCGCGUCGUCCGCCGCACCUUCGAUGACUGCCGCGCCGUCCGAUCCAUUCUCCGCGGCCUCCGCGUUGCAGUUGACGAGCGCGACGUCUCCAUCGACGACCGCUUCCGCGACGAGCUCCACGCUGUCCUCGACCGCCGCAACAACCUCGCCCUGCCACGCGUCUUUGUCGGCGGAGUCUACGUCGGCGGCGCUGAGGACGUCCGCCAGCUCCACGAGAGUGGCGAGCUCCAUCGGCUCAUCGAACGGCUUCCGCGCACGAAUCAAAACGCUUGCGACUGCUGCGGAGGCUUCAGAUUCGUAGUGUGCGAUGAGUGCAACGGAAGUCACAGAAUCUUCACCGAAAAAAACGGAUUCCGAAGCUGUUCGUCCUGCAAUCCCAACGGUUUGAUUCGCUGCCCUGCAUGCUUCUUUGUGCACCCGCGCCACACCAAAUAA